ACGCGCGUGGAUGCGGUUUCGCCAUAAAACACUCUCUAGCCGAUAGAAGAAUUUUGCAGAGAAGCGAGAGUCAAUGAAGGUCCAACGGUCAACCUUUUUCGCGGUGACCGGAAAAUCAAAUCUUCGUCACUUUCAUUCGUCUUCUCAGAGAGUACCCAUUUCUUCUGAGAACGAGUCACGAAACUUUGUGUCCAAAUUGCUCGAUAGGAAAUGGGGAUUACUGAGUCCUGCAUCUCCAAUUCAGCAGAUUAGUGUUUCUUCUUCUGCUAAAAGAAUCGAAAAAUUCUCCUUUUCCAACAACACUCGUCCGCAUCUCGGAGAUGAGAUGUUAAAGAGAGAGAAAGAAGAAUCUUCUUUUUACAUUCUGAGAGAUGAUCUUUUACAUCCUCUUGUGAAUGGUAACAAAGCUAGAAAGCUUGAUGCUUUGCUACCACUUCUUGAGGAUUAUAAAGUCACUGAUUUGGUUACAUGUGGAGGUUGUCAAAGUGCACACACAGCUGCAGUUGCUGUUUCGUGUGCCGAGAGAGGUCUAAGAUCACAUUUGCUACUGCGUGGAGAACAGCCUGAAGUUUUGACUGGCUAUAACCUUGUUUGUACUAUGUAUGGAAAUGUCCAGUAUAUUCCAAGAUCGAGGUAUGCCAAUAGAGAAGAUAUGCUGAGAACUUACGCUGAUCUGGUCGCUGGGGAAGACGGUUCUGUCUUAUGGGCUAAAGACAUUGUAGAGGGACUUGAGACUAUGGAUGUUGCAACAAUGGAUGAUUCUUUUAGUUCCAAAACUUCUGGUAGAAAGGUUUUGAUAGUCAAUGAAGGUGCCGGAGAUGCUCUUGCAUUACUUGGUAUGUUUCGGUUAGUGCAGUACUUGUCUCAAGAUCAUAUACUCGGGAAGAAGAGGCCGGUCAAAUUUGUAGUUGAUGCUGGAACUGGAACAACUACUGUGGGCUUAGGAGUUGCAGCUUUGUCUUUAGGGCUUCCAUGGGAGAUCAAUGCGGUGAUGUUAGCUGAUACACUCGAAAAUUACAAAAGACAUGAAGAUCGCUUGAUAGCAGAAUUUACGAGGCAGUUUCCUGCAUCGGUCUUCUGCAGCUUGGAUAUGAAUCAUAUGAUCAAAUGGAUACAUCGUCAACAUCCGAGAAAAUUUGGGAAGGUCUUGGAAGGAGAAGUGGAGAUGUGUCGGAAAAUUGCACAGGAGACGGGAGUUUUGGUGGAUCCAAUGUAUACUUUAGCUGCUUGGGAGACAUCAACAGAGCUUGCGCAGAACGAGAAAUCCAGCAUUGUGGUUAUGCUUCACACUGGAGGCACCCUGGGGAUGUUUGGUCUUGCUCAACGAUACAAAUCUUGUUUCACUAAGUUGAACGACUAGGAUAUAGUUUCUCAGACUUAGAGCCGGAGAUCUAAAGAUAGUGACUUUAUAUCUUCAAUUAUUUCACACUACUAUUUAUUUUAGCAAUGCAAAUAUACGGCCAA